AUGUUUUUGGUAAGUAACUUUUAAAUAAUCAUAAAUGUGAUAAAUUUUACUUUUUUCCUUUCCUUUUGAAAUUAUUUUGCAGCUUUUCUCACUUUUCUAUUGCUUUAUUGUCUGGUGGUUAUAUGCUACCAGAUAACAUUUUGGGCUACUGGGCUUAUGAUUUGUGAAGUGAACGUGAAGCAGCAACAUGGUGAAUCUGGAGGAGGCUGAUUUCGCAGUCCUUGGGGACUCCAUUGACUUGAACCAGGUGCCCGCGCUUCCUUUAAAUGAAACCGUUGGCUACGUGAAACAGGCUGCGACCAUUAUUGUUCAACAUUUGAACCACUUUGCCCAAACCGCUGACGAAAAAUUACGCCAAAUGUCCGCUAAUAUAUCGCGCCUGGAGACAGAGCUGACCAUUCUAGAGGCAAAGCUGGCAUCCGUUCCUGGGCUUUCUUCCAUUAAGGCGUCCGAGCCUAAUACACCGGGAGGGAUGCCAGUCCCAGCAUCUGCAGCACACGAAGUUCCAGCAUCUGUGCCUGCGGAAGCCAUGAAACCGACUCCUUCACCGGUUCCCGCUGAUACGUCUUCACCUGCGACGUCAGCCACUCCAGUUCCAGAUGGUGUCAGCUCUCAACCAGUCGCAGCCGCAGAGGAAACUUCGCAAAACGUCUUGACAGUCCAAAAAGAUCCCAUCUACGCCAAAUAUUUCCGCAUGGUGCAAGUGGGUGUGCCGGCGCAAGCAGUGAAGUUGAAGAUGGCCGCGGAAGGCCUGAAUCCCGCUUUGCUGGACACACCGAAUGCUCCGUCGCCCGGUGGCCCGGCGCCGUCCGGCGGACAGGAUGCAAGCGACAGCGGGUCCGAAUCCGAAGAAGACGAAUAAUGUCCAGUAAUGGCUUUUUCUGUGAUAUCCGGUGUGAUUUUUAUGGUACGUUUUAUCUGUGCAUUCGAAUUUGGUUUUGAUUAGUCGACUGUAGAUUGCAUUUGACUCCAUUUUUACUGUAGGAAUUUUUUGAAAACGUGAUCUGUGGCCUUGAGUCCUUGACUAAUAAUUGUUUAUGUGUAUCAGUUUUGCUUUACGUGAUCGACUACAAACAACAAGCCGGUACCCCU